ACAAAGAUUUCAAAUGUUAAAAGGACUCUUCAGUUAAGAAAUGCAGGUGAAGAACCAUCCUUCAAAUCCAUGCUCGGUGAAAUAAAGCACGAGAUACUUCUUGUGAAUGAUCUCCUGAAUAAAAUGGAACAAGUUAAGGAUCACAAAGAACUGAAUGAUUUGCUAAAAGAGCUCCAGAAGUCUGCAGAGAGCCAAGCAAUGGAAGCAAGGCACCUCAUUGAAAAUAUUCCUUGCUGUCUGCUAAAACCAACACAGAGCUGGGUCGCUGGGCUCACUGUGAAACGUGAAGCACAACCAGAAGUUGUAGAACCCAAACCUGCAGAGAAACCUACAAAAGAGUCAAGACUUAUUAACGAAGCAUCCCUAAUAACUGCAGAAGAAAUUGAAAGUCUUCCUGCAUAUAUGAAAGGUCGUUUAACCUGUGAUCAGAUUAAUGCAGUUGUUAAAGGUAUAAACAAGGCUGUGGCAGACAAGUACAAGAUCCUGCAUCAGCCUUUGAGAUCUUUGAAAGCAGCAGCGAGGAAACUCUACUACAGGUUCCUGGAGAACGAAACUGCAGACUCAAAAGGUACUUUUUUUGUGGUGGAAGCCGAUAUUGGUGAGUUCACCCAACUGAAAGUGGACAAGCGUUUCCACGCCAUCAUCACUGUCCUACGCCACUGCCACAGAGUGAGAGAAAUUCAGGGCAUGGGCCGUGUCCGUUAUGUCAUCUCCUAA